AAGUGGUGCUAAAAUUAGUGUAGUGAAUUAAGGUGAAGUUUUGUAAAGGUUUUGAGUAAUUUGGGUGAGUUGCAAACAUUAAAUGGUCUCUGCAUUGCUUACCGUGGUUGGUCGGCCAUCGAAGAGUGAAUAACACCAAUUCCUACAACUUUUGUGUAUGUAUAAUUUAUUUCAAUAAUAAACUACCUCGUUCAUCGUAAAACUACAUAAAAGUAUAAAGCAAAGUACACUGCAUAAACUGGUAUAAGUUUCCUAAAUUGAAAGUUGAGAAUUACCUUAAAAACACGAUUUAUUAGGCAAGAGUGCAGCAUCAAGGAAAACCCGAAUUUAUAGUGACGCAACAACCAAAGUAGUCGACUCAUUGUUGUAAAAUUUUGUGAUAAGUGACUUUUCAGUAUUUAUUUGUGAGUUUUCUGUGACUAUGCAAGAAAAUUUACCGAUUACAGUUACAAUUUUGUCGUAAGCAAAUGUACCGCAGUUUAGAUUUGACAUUUCACAACGCCAUCUGCCAUUUUUUUGCGUGUCGUGUGAAGUGUAAAUGGCUAAUACAAGCAAUAGCGAAAAAUGGUACUUUACAAAAGAGCAACUGGAAAAUACACCUUCAAGAAAAUGCGGCUACGAUUCAUACAAAGAACUGUCGUACAGGCAACAGGCCGCCAAUUUUAUCCAGGACAUGGGACAAAAACUUAAAGUAUCUCAGCUAUGCAUCAACACGGCAAUCGUAUAUAUGCACCGCUUCUACGUAUUUCACUCCUUCACGCAGUUCCCGUGGCACCAGAUGGCGGCGGCGGCCCUUUUUUUAGCCGCCAAGGUGGAAGAACAGCCCCGGAAGUUGGAGCACGUAAUAAGAGCGGUCAACAUUUGUCGGAACCAGGGUCCUUCCGUCGACUUGCAUUCUGAAAGAUACCAAACUCAGUCUCAGGAUUUAGUUUUUAACGAGAACGUUUUGCUGCAAACGUUGGGCUUCGACGUUGCCAUAGAUCACCCGCACACGCACGUGGUGCGAUGUUGCCACCUUGUCAGAGCCAGCAAAGACCUGGCGCAAACGUCAUACUUCAUGGCUAGCAACAGUCUGCACUUGACCACCAUGUGCAUUCAGUACAAGCCCACUGUGGUGGCGUGUUUUUGCAUCCUCGUAGCGUGCAAGUGGUCAAACUGGGAGAUACCGCUCUCGAACGAGAAAAAAGAGUGGUACUGGUAUGUGGACCCCACGGUAACGGCGGAACUCUUGCAGCAACUCACGGAAGAGUUCCUGGUCAUAUUCGAAAACUGCCCGUCGCGGCUGAAAGAGAAAAUAAUGGCGAUCGCGGAAAAUGUCACGCACGUGUCCACUCCUCACGUAAACUCGCCAUUCGAUCAAGAUCCGAAGAAAAUUAUCAGAGAGGACGGUAAAGAUCCCAACUUGCACAGAAUCACGCAUGACAGCAAAGAUCACGAUCCACACAACAAGCACCGUUCGAGACCGCCGCACGAGUCGGGCUCGAGCGGCGGCCAGCUGCAGCAAAGAGACCGCGAGUACCGCGAACGCAAGGAGAGGGAGCGGCUGGCGGCGGCGCAGCUGAAGCACAUGCCGGCGCCGGCCAAACCGCCGCACGGCCACCACAAGCAGCCCGCGGCGCUCGAUCCGAAAGCGAAGCAGCCGCACCCGCGGCCGCCGCCGCCGCGGCAGGAACCGCGCGACAUCCUCAGGGAGGCGUCGCGCGAGCCGCCGCGCGCCGACAAAAAUCAGCGCGACUACCUUCUCAAGCCGAACGCCUCCGAAAGUCAGCAGUAUCCGAGCAGGCCUCGCUUGGACGCAAACAAGUACGCUGCGCAGCAGGCUGCGCGCGGCAGGCACGAAAAACAUUCGAGCAGCGCUUUUCCGAACAAACCUCCUACCAAUUCUACCUCGCAGAAAGUCAAAUCGCCUUUGAUAGCAGACAACACAUCGAAAUCCGUCCCCAAAGCGAACGCGUCUCAGCCCGCCGCCGCCGCGUCGAAACCGCCGCCGCCUUACAACUACAACGGCAACAGCAACGGCGGCGCUUCCUACAACCUGCCGGUCAUCGACAGCAACGAACACAAAAUCAAGCAGGACCUCAAGCCGGAAGUCAAGCAUGAAAUUAAGCAGGAAAUCAAGCACGAAAUAAUCGAGGUGAAAAAGCCGGGUCUGUUCUCGCCGGAAAAGACUCCUCCUCGCGUGCCGGCGAUGAAAAACUCCCCGAACGCGGUGCGCCGCGCGAUGGACCCGUUACCGACGCAGCAGCAGCAGCAGCAGCAGCCGACGUUGGCAACGCUGUCGCCGCUAACUUCGCCCGUAUCGAAACGCAACCGAAACUAUUCGAGCAGCUCCGAACCAGAACUGAGGCCGGUCAUGAAGAAGAUCGACCAGGUCGAGGGCUUCGAGAAUAUCAUGCGCGACUCCACGAUAGGCAUCAACAAGUUGCAAGUUCCCGCGGAAGCGGAAGCGGAGCAGCGGAAGCCGCUGCCGCUGGCGAACGGCAUCGAGACCAACCCCACUCUGAUCAGCAACCUGCUGAAGGAGACGCCGCCGGUGCCUCAUCUGCCCGCGGUCAUCGGCACCGCCGCGGCGCUUCCGGCGGAAGUGCCCGCCGAAGCCAAAGAGAAGGAUCACCACCACCACAAGAGCAAAAAGAAGAACAAGGAGAAGCACAAGCACAAAGACAAAGAUCGCAGCCGCGACGACAAGGAGAAGAAGAAGAAACACAAGGACAAAGACAAGCACAAGCAUAAAGAUGGUGGUAGUAAAUCGGUGGUGGUGGGCAACGAGCCGAUCAAAAUCAAAAUCCAAAAGGACAAGAUCCUUCCGGAGAGCACGGUGCCCAGCAUAGGUUUAAAAAUAAAAAUUCCCAGGGACAAAAUUAAGACUGAAGAUAUCGGGGAGCCUUCGUCGAAAAAUCAACCGCAAUCGACGGGGGUGCUGAAAAUCAAGAUCCCCAAAGACGUGAUAAACAUGGAGGCGUCCGGCGGCGGCGGCAAAAAGCGCGAGCGCAGCUCCUACGGCGGGGAAACCGCCCCCCCGGCCAAGUCGUCCAAGUACUCCAACAAGGACUCAUCCUCCAAGCAAAACGGACGGCACUCCUACGCCGGCAGCAACAACAAGGUAAGCAACAACAACAACCACAACUUUCCGAGUAACAGUAGCGCCCCCGCGCGGUUCCCCAAUCAUCCCCCUCACCCCCCGCGCGCGCCCAUGCCUGUCAUGCUCCCCAAUCAGCAGCAGCAGCACAUGCCGCGGCACAUGUUCCCCCCUCCGCCGCGCUAUCCCCCGCAAAUGUACCCCCCGCCCCCGCCCCAAAUGCCCAACAUGUGCGUGCCGCCCCCCUCCUUUCCGCCCAUGUACCACCCUCACCAGCAGUUCUACAACCCCGCCGCCUUCAUGUACUCGCACCCGAUUCCCGACAUUUACCGCCACCAGCCGCAGAUGUCAAAUCCGCCGCUCCCGGCUGACGCGCCCCCCGCGGUGCCGCCUCCCCCGCCCCCAGAGUAAGGCCUCUUUGAUUUGUGCGCCACCAAUUAUUUAUUUCGAACGCGAAAAAAUUGUUGUUUUAUUUCGUUAUCUUUUGGUUUAUCGUGGGUCAUUCCAAGUCGAAUUUUCAGUCGAAAUUUAGUUGCCUGGUAUAUUUUUUUUCCUUCAUUUUUUUUUAUUUGAUCAAAAUUAUUGUUGGAAAAGACUGUUUUUGUAAAAAAAAAUUGUAG